AUGUUAAGCACCUUGCGCACGCCCGAGCCGCCAAGUCAGGAGCUGCUGCUGCGCUGGUUCAAGGCGCAAUCGCAGCUCUUGGCCGAAGAACGAAAGGAGGAGCAAGCUCAGUCGAAGCUACUGCUCUCCAAGACAGCACCCAAGCUUCUCGAAAGGCACGGUCUGGCGCUGCUUGGCUUGGGGGUCGCUUCCAUUCGCAUCGGUGUUGGCGCAAAAGUAUUGGUCGAGCUCGAAAGGCCGACGGCACACCACGCUUCGCCAAAGUUCCCACCUCACACGUUCCGCACGGGGGACCUGGCAGCUAUCCUGGACAACGGUGCUGAACCACAAGCUACAACUGAAUCAGGUGUGAUUCAGGGUGUUGUGUACAAGGUCAACGAUGCCCGGAUCGUGCUCGCGAUCAGUGACGGCAAAAGGCCAGCUGGCGUGAAGGGUCAGACGCAAGACGGUCAAAACAAGCGCGAUGCUCGCAGCGGAGACAGCAGCAAGGUUUCGGGUAGCGAUCUCGAUCUGCCGGAGCGUAUCAGAAUCGUCAAGGUGGCCAACGAAAGCACAUAUGAUCGCAUGGAAGUGACGCUCGAUAAGCUGGCCAAGGCGCUUGGUGUGCCACUGGCCGCCUCCUUGACUUCGAACGCGGACUCUUCAGCAGAAGAGGCCGAGACCGCAGCAUCCUCAUCAUCCGCAUCGGCAAAUGCAACGAGCCUCAUGCGCAGCCUGUUCGGUCUAGCUCAGCCGACCUGGCACACAACCGAUCUCCCGCUGCCGCCCUUCAACCAAAACCUCAACGACACGCAGCUCAACGCCAUCCGCUACGCCCUCUCCGCCGACCAUUUUAGUCUCAUCCACGGGCCCCCAGGCACAGGUAAAACAACAGCGAUCGUCGAACUGAUCAUGCAGAUCGUCGCCUCCAACUCUGGUGCCGCAGAAGAAGGCGUGCCUGUUCGGGUCCUCGUCUGUGGCGCCUCUAACUUGGCGGUCGACAACAUCCUCGAACGGCUCGUGGGCGUGCCCGAACAUCGCGAUGUCUUCAAAAAGAAAGGAGUAGGCAUCACGCGUAUCGGACACCCCGCCCGUGUCGUCGCCAAUCUGCAGAGCUCCACACUGGACGCGCAAUGCACACAGUCCGCGGAAGCGCAGCUGGUCAAGGACAUUAGCAAGGAGAUCGAGUCGAUCAUGGCCGAGCUCAAGCCUACGGCUGCUCCGGCAGGGAACAAGUCUACCAAAGGCAAGCCCAAGGUGCGAGGGUCCGAUCGGAAGAAGCGCUGGGAGGAGGUGCGUGAGUUGCGCAAGGAGCUGAGGCGGCGAGAUCGGAAAGUGACGAGCAGUGUCCUGGAUCGAGCUCAGGUCGUGCUGGCUACGUGUCACACAGCGGGGGGCAAGCAGCUGGCGUACCGUCAGUACGACUGGAUAAUCAUCGACGAAGCGUGUCAAGCACUAGAGGUGGCUUGCUGGAUUCCAAUCCUCAAAGCGCGAGAGGGAGCCAAGCUGGUACUUGCUGGCGACCACUUGCAACUUCCUCCCACGGUCAAGUCAACUGUCAUUGCACCACGCAAAACGAUCAGAAAGCGGAAGGACGCCGGCAGCAAGGACAAUUCAAGCACCACAACAAAGAGCAGCAUCACGGACGUCAAGAGCAACGACUUCUCUGGUGCCGCUCGACAAACAGAAGCUGAAGUCAAAGCGGAAGGUGACGAUGGCGACGAAGGAUCCGGCGAUGCAGAAGCGGACGACGCCGAGCUCGCCGAAAAGUUCGCGUCCGUGUCCCUUCAAACCAACGUGCCUACACGCCUGCGUCUGCCUCGGUCGCUCGAGACAACGCUGUUCUCCCGCGCACUCGGCAUGUACGGCCCGGGCAUCAAAUCGCUCCUCUCGAUCCAAUACCGCAUGAACACCGACAUCAUGGCCUUCCCCAACACGGAGCUGUACGAGGGCAAACUAUCAGCACACACCUCUUGUGCCGACAUUCGCCUCUCUGAUCUCCCAAACCUCUCGCUCCACUCGUCUGCCACUGCCGCUGACGAAGACGAGCAAGAGCUGCUCGCCCCCGUCGUGUUUUACGAUACAUCUGGUUGCGAGUUUUACGAAACGACGCCGGCACCCGAAGAAACGGUGCUGCUGGCAGACUCGAAAUCCAAUCCGCACGAAGUCGAGCUCGUCGUCAAGCACCUCGAAGACCUCUUUGCGCGCGGAGUGCAUGCAUCGCAGGUGACCGUCCUCGCGCCGUACUCUGCGCAGGUGGCACUCUUGCAUUCCACCAUCCGAUCGCAUCGCUUCAUCGCACCCUUCACAGGCACCAGCACGAGCAGCAGCGGGAAGAAGAACACCGACACGGAAACCGUGAUCAACGCCGACGAGAUUGAAUUGGGAACUGUCGACUCGAUGCAGGGUCGGGAGAAGGAUGUGGUGGUGCUGAGCUUGGUGCGCAGCAAUGCCGAGCAGCAGGUCGGCUUCUUGGCGCAGAAGAAGCGGCUCAACGUGGCCAUUACCAGGGCCAAGAGGCAGCUGGUCGUGAUUGGCGAUGCAGAGACCAUUGCCGGUGCCAAGGAUUUGCCGGACCGGUUCCUGCCCAACUAUAUGGAGUGGUUGGAUGCCCAUGCUGUCGUGCAUCCUGUCGUCGCCACGCUCUAA